AUGUCACACGUCGAGAACGCAGAGUCUAAAAAUGGCAGCCGACGUACGAAUGAGAUAGUGGCAAGCGACCGCGAGAAAUCCGACGCGCAAGUAAGCCCGGAAAGUUCCGUUAAGGAAGAAAUUCAGGAAGUGCCGAAAUCGAGUCGCGUGUUGGACAACGCGAGAGCUCAUCCAGAAACGGAGGAAAAUGACAAUACGAAAUUACAAAACAAGGAUGUUUCAGACGCGUGCAUUGCCUCCGGCGAUAUUUGUAGAAUCUGUCACAUGGGCGGACACGCUCCAAUCGCGGAAAACCAUUCGUCGUGUGACUCGCGCGAUCAGGACGGUCAGACUUUGACGCCGUCGAACGUCGUCUAUCUCGGCCCUUUGAUCUCGGCCUGCAAAUGCCGGGGUACGGUGGCCCUGGUGCACGCCGAGUGCCUCGAGAGAUGGCUAACCGAGUCCGGUCGCGCGAGAUGCGAACUCUGCCGCUACAAGUACGCGAUCAGGAGGGUACGACGUUACAGCCUCCUUCGUAGCGUCGUAAUAUGGUUCCACACCGUGAUAGCCACUCGACAGAUGCUACUCGACAUCGGCUAUUUGGUGAUGACCACGCCCGUGGCUGCGUUUUCCUGCUACGUAUGCGCCUUGGCCUUGAAAAUGUUGUUGCGAAACGGCUUUUACGAGAUACCCUGGAUGAUAGUGGCUAUGCUGCCAACCUGCUUAUUGACGCUGAUAGCUUAUUGGCGAUGGAUAAUUACGUUAGGGAGAUUGCACGGCCAUCGAUGGAGGCGCUACUGGAGAAACAACUACGUGGUUCGUUUGAUUCCCGAUAACGACGUCGCGGACAACAUCGGUCCGCGAAGAUCGAGCGGUCGCUUCGACGCGCAAGACGAUUUCGAACAAUGGAGAAUCGAGGAGAUCGAAGAGCUCGCGUGACUU